AUGCCUUUCUUUUCACGCAGCAACAUGGAGCCCGAGGAGGAGAUCAUUCCGACGCACCAGGAGACUGAGCUCAAGCACCAGCGCGGCGGUCUCUUUGGCAGCCUCCGCCGUGACCGUGAUCCCUCGCCGGUCCCCUCGGCCAACCCGUCCGUUGCCACAAACGGCUCGCGGGUCUCGACCGCCGGCUUUUCCCACUCUCGCAACUCAGACGCCGGCAGUAUCGUGAGUGGAACCGGCAGCCACCGCUCGUUCCUGCACCGGUCUUUCGGCCACGGCAACAACAGCGACAGCAACCUCGACCCCAGCAUCCUGCAGGCACGUGAACGAGUACUCGGCGCGGAAAAUGCCGAGCGGGAGGCCGACAGGGCCCUCGACAUUGCCCGGCGCGAAGUGCGCGAGGCACGCGACCACGUGAAGCGGCUGGAGCUGGAGGCCAAGGAGGAGGCGCGGCGGGCCAAGGUCAAGCAGUUCCAUGCACGCGAGGUGUCGAAGCGGGCGAAGCCGCUGGGCCGUCACGACCUCUAA